UUGCCUCUGUAGCCAAUCAGAGACUGCGACCCAAAACCCCGGAUGUACAAGCCACUCGCCGCCACAAAUCACCAGCCUGAGCUACGAAUCCGCCGGCGGGAGCGGCAGCACCACUACUACUAUCAAGUACGGUGUGUAGUUUUGGAAUAAUAUAAACAAAAAAAAGUGUAUUGCGGCAGAAGAUGAAACAGGACUCCUUUCAAAAUGUCACAUACUCAGUGGACUGUGAGGAUUAUGUACAUGUAGUAGAAUUUAAUCCCUUUGACUCUGGGGAUCCAGGCUCAUUACUUGCCUAUGGUGGCAACAACUAUGUAGUGAUUACUUCUUGCCGAUUUCAGGAAGAAGAUUCUACUAUAAAUGGCAUAGAGUUCAAGACUCUAAAAACCUUUCAACACGGAGCCAGAGUGGAUGCUAUAGCCUGGAGUCCAGAAACCAGAUGCGAUACUUUGAUUCCCCACCUAAGGUUUUGUACAGCAGCUGGAGAUAAAACAAUAAAGAUUUUCACCUCUGAUUUUCAAGAUCAAAAUGAGUACAAGGUUAUAGAGGGUCACUCUGGCUACAUCAAUGACGUGGUUUUCUGCUCUUAUGAAGGAAGUGAAAUUGCAAGUGUCAGUGAUGACCACACGUGCAGAAUCUGGGAUUUAGUAGGAAACCAAAUUGCUAAAUUUAUGCUGCGUUCCCCAGGCAUGAGUGUCGCGUGGCAUCCAGAAGAAGCUUUUAAGCUGAUGGUAGCAGAGAAGUCUGGCACCAUACGGUUCUAUGAGCUGACAACAAAUCAAGCGAUUCUGUCUCUUGAGUCCAUGCAGAUGCCCCUUAUGUCUGCAGACUGGUGCUUAAGAAAUGCGUUCAAAGUAGGAGCAGUUGCCGGGAAUGACUGGGUAUUUUGGGAGAUGCCUCGUUCCAGUUACCCCCAAGACAAUAAGCCCGUACAUCCUGACAGAGCAAGAUAUUUCAGGUGGUCCAAGUGCAAUGAAAACUUGUUUGCAACCACCGGAUGUCCAGGAAAGACGAACACCCAACUUCUUAUCCAUCAUUUAGGGCAUCCUCAUCCCAUCCUCGUUGGCACUGCUCCUGUGGGAUCUGGACUCAGCUGGCAUCGGUCAUUACCUCUCUGUGUAAUUGGAGGUUACCGCAAGCUUUUAUUCUGGCUUACUGAAAUGUAACUGCAGAGUGCUAAAAGGUUAUAUACUUUGUAUAAACAUCUGCUUUUACUGUAUUUGAUUUCUGAAACUGUUCUGCAAAGGUUACGAUAACUCCAUGCUAAAGUUAAAAUGACAUGUAUUUAAUUAAAGAAAUGUAGUAGAAACAAUAUGAAAGAACAAACCUGUUUGCAGUUACUCUUACGCCUGACAGAAAGUAUGGAUGACCCGCAAAGCACUGCAUUGACUUUGAGUUAAAAUUAGACUGUUGCUUAGAAAUUGAAUGCAUCUUUCCUAGGGUGGCUCAGCUUGUGCUUCUCAUUAAUUCCCAUGUCUCCUUAGAGUCCGACAGCACUUUGAAGUGCCAAAACAAACUGAUUUAAGAUUAAAGCAGUAAAGAAGUAAUUGUGUGUUUGCAACCAAUCUGCUCCAUUUCACAAUAAUGUCAGAGCUGCAAUAUAACAGAACAAGAGAAUACAUCUGCUAUGCCAUAGUCUAAUUAUGCCUUUUGAACCAACUGGACACUACCAUAAAACCCUUUUCAGGUCAUGAAAACAUGGGGCUGCAUGAUGGUUAUUGCUUUGUAGCACCACAUUCUAAAGAAUUGUAGACUCUGCAGUACAACUCCUGCGUAUGUGGGUGUGAUACAGAAGAUAUACAUUAAAAAGAUAGGCAGUCAUUAGGUCUACAUCAUAGGGUCAAAAAGUCGACACGCGCUUGCAAAUUUAGGGUUGUUGUUUUUUUAAAACAAAACAUUUUUUACCCAUAUUCGUUGAAAUAAUGAUCGCCGCACUUCAGGCUCCGUGGCUCGCUCCGCUCUCCACAAGGAUACUAAUGGUAAUAGUUUGUGACAUGGGUAGUAAAUGCAGCAAAAGUUGUAAAAAUGUGGAAGAACCCUAAAAAAAAAACACGUCGACCUUUUGACUGUCAACCACCUCCCGCGUAUGUAAACGGUGUGUUCACUGCAAAUGUCAACAUUACUCUAAUGCUAUACAGGUUUUCUUUUUGUAUUUUUAUAAUGUAAAUAUGAGUUAUGACUUAAUAAAAUUAUUCUUGUCA